CGUCGUCAAGGACUCGCGGCCUGCGCUGAGGCCGAGGGCGAACUAAGCCUACGGUCUUUCCUGGUCUCGCGGGGCGGAGCAUGACGCACCUCGACCGGCGGGGAGGCCAGGCCCGAGCGCCCCUAGACGGGGACGGUGAGGAGCAGCAGCAGCAAGAUACGAUGGCAAAGGAGAUGACGAUGGAAGAGAUGAUGAUGGAGGAGGAGGAGGAGGGCACCCGCUGGUGGGAGCUUUGCGCCGCGUUCACGGGCUCUGAGGCGGGGGACGUGGAGGUGGGCCGGGCCCUGUGGAGGUCGGCCUGCCUGGAGCCGCCGCUCGAGUCGCGUCUCGUCUCGGCCGACAUCGGGCAGCGGCUGCGGGUGGCGGACAGGGAGCGGGGUCCACCAGGAAGCGAUACUCAGGCACCACUUUCAACUGACGCAAAGGAGCAAGACUUUUCCAUGAAGACAAGGUUAAAAGAAAAAGUGGAAGAGAGGGCCAAAUAUGAAAAAUGUGCGAAACGUCGUCAGGAGAUUCUGACUUUGCUCCGUAAGCAAAGGGAAGACAGGAUGAAGAAAGAGCUGGUUUCCCUCCCAUACAAACCAAAGUGAUGCCGAACUGCACUGGUACGAACUGCACUCCACCCAACUCAAGGGUCCCCAUGUGAACGGGAUUCAUUAAUACAAAUGCGAGAUUGCCUCCGUCAACACACACCCAAGGGAUGACCAACAACAUGAGAGUGUGACGUUGGCAGUGAAUGUCUGACUGAUUGGUGUGACGUGAACAUGUGCUGUUUAGAGAAUUGGUGGCAUCUGUUUCGACAGCAAGACUGUUGGCUGUUUGUCCAUCAUAUAUUAUCAAACAUAAAAUCAGGCUUCGAACAAGGCCUCUAUUGUUUAUGCUGCGGUUAAUGUUGCCCUAAUUAUUCAACUGUGCAUGUUCCUACAGCAUGAAUAGUUUUAUACAUCACACAUUGCUGUGUUGUCAACUUAACCACUUUGUUCAAAUAAGACUUUCGCAUGCUAAAAUCAUAUAUCACCCCUUGAUGUGUGUACGGAGAUGUCGGUGUGGUUGAAACUGUUUCUGAUACAGGAGUCUUAUUCAUCAUUGUAACCACUCAUAACCACUAAACAAAAACUUUAAUAAAAAUACAAUGCUAAAUA